AUGCCCGUCUCGCGUGCGAAGGCCUGCUUCCUCUGCAGGGAAGCCAAAGCCCGGUGCGAUAGGGCGACCCCUGAAUGUUCCCGCUGUGCGGCGCGGAAGCUCAGAUGCGUGUACGAUGGAAGGAACGGUUCCCGGGGCGCAGUCCCGUCUUAUCCUUACCCCUCACGUGUAGCCUUACAGUCUCUGAUGCCACAGGAGAUCGUGGACCCUCUGGCCCUACUCGGAGAUCAACAGCAACAAGAUGACUCAUUUGUACGGUUGCUUUCGUCUUCCGCUGAGACGCCGCAGCGUCUGGAAGUAGCUGAACCAGCAGAUGACGACGCUUGGACUGCCGAUGGUCUGCUGGGAAGAGACCCCAGCAUGGAUCCCCUCUUGGGGCUUGACCUCACUGGGGAUACGUUUGCGUUGGGAAACAAUGAGUCUCGCAACUUCGCUGAAAAGGAGACAAUAAGCCCUAACCUAAUGAAGCCCUGGGGGUUAGCAGCAGAUACAGAGGAUAGUAACGUGUAUUCCCAUGGGACAUGGGCUAUGCAUGAUAUUGCGAAUAGCCCGACUGCCACUACUCAAAAAGACCUUGCCGUUCUCACGUCAACUUCAACUGUCACCACACCUGUCGAUACUGACAAGAGCGGCUCAUUAGGCCACCCUCUUCUGAUGAACUCCCUUUUCCGCUCAUGUACGAUGAACUCGAUCCUACUAGGCCAACUCACUAGCUACCCAAAGAUGAUGAUUGAGGGAGAUCAACUACCUCCUUUCAUACAUGCACCGUGCCACAUUGACAACGACUUGGCACCUGGCUGCGGAGAGAGUGGCCGUCACCAGUGCUUGCCCAAAGAACUAGCCAUUUGUGCGAGCCUGGUGCAGAUGUUUUACGAGCGCACCAACGCCAAUACGGAUUUCGUGUGGAACUUGAUAUAUGAGGAGCAAGCUAGGCUUCAUCGGGAGUGUUUCGUCGAGCAUAUGGCACGAACGAACGAAUGGGCAACCGACGCACGAGACGCCGUCUCAAAUCGGCGCGAAUGGGUGUUUAGGGAGAGCAUACGGAGAGUUCUUGUAGUCCUGCACAUUGUUGCGAGGCUGCUCGAUGGUUUUGUACGCGGUGGCUGCACACCCGCACCGGGGAGCAGCUUCCGAACGAUACCGCUCCCAUCAAGCCGCGACUUGUGGGAGGCUCGCACAAGCAGGGUGUGGACGAGGGACUACAAGAAGAACAUGGCAGCGAGGACUACUGACAAGGUGCUCACGGUGGGAGAUGUUUUGGAAUCUGGCGGCGUGAGCAGGUCGUGUAGUGGUAAAGGCCCGACGACUCCUGAGCUACUGCCGGAGGUGAUGAGACGGGCUGGAGGCCUGGACACGCUGGGGAUGCUUGUAUGGAUGGUGAUGCCGUUUGAAGAUGCUAGAGAAGUACAUGAGCAUGAGGCGAUGAUAUGCUGGUCCUAG